AUGGCUGCGGCGUCGAUACCGAAUCUCCUCAGCAUGCGAGGCCGCGGAGGCGGAGGCGGACGAGGUGCCAGAGGGCCUCGAGGUGCCGGCCCGAGAGGCGACAGGCCAGACGGUGCCGAGAGUCUCGCCUCCACCGAUGCCAUUGUCCAGGACACGGACACGGAUGCUGCCAUGUCCAGGAUGAGCGCCGUCGCCGCCGGCUACCUGAAGGAUGUGUACGCCAACCAUUUCGUCUCGGGGCCAUUGACGAGGCGGCUGCCCAUCAUCAACCGAGGCACGUACAUGCGCACGACCGCGUUGGACAUGAUCGUCAAGGCCUUCCUUCAAGCGACACCCGACGGCUCGACCGACAAGGCGAGGCAGAUAAUAUCACUCGGCGCCGGCACCGACACGAGACCGUUUCGGAUGCUCGACUGGCCUCCCCAAACGCAGUCGUUUGUAUACCACGAAAUCGACUUCGCACCCACCUGUCGAAGAAAGCUGCAGAUUGUUCGAUCGACGACGGCCAUCGCCAGCAAGAUGCAAGACUUUGAUGUGGCCGAGAACGGCUCGUGGUCCGCUCUGCCCGUGCGGGGGGGCGAGUAUCACUGUCACGCGGCCGACAUUCGCAAGCUCGACGACAUUUUCGCCUCCGACAUGCCGCCGUCGAUUCGCACCGACCUGCCCACGCUCGUCCUCUCCGAAUGCUGCCUAUGCUACCUCACACAGGAAGACUCUGAUCGGGUCCUCGCCGUCUUUCACUCCAAGAUUCCCCAACUGGCCAUUGCCAUCUACGAGCCGAUGCCGCUGGACGACGCCUUCGGCCAGGUCAUGGUCUCCAACUUGAAGGCGCGAAGGAUACACAUGCCCAGCUUGGCACGGUACAAGGACGCCGACGGCCAAGAGGACCGGCUGCGGACCGCCGGCUUCGAAACGGUUGGCCACGCAACCAUCAAGGACAGCUGGGACCGCUGGAUCGACGGCGAUGAAAAGAAGAGGCUCGACAGACUAGAAGGCCUCGACGAAGUCGAGGAGUGGCAGCUGUUGGCAGCGCACUACGUCGUCGUAUGGGGCGCAAAGGGACACGGGCUCGAGUGUUUUGCCCAAGGUAUCGACGAGGCAAAGGCGAGGGCACGCGGUGACAAUGACGGUGACAACGGCACUGAAAGGGACCGGACCGGACAGGACCGGAGCCAAUCGGGCCAGAGGACGGUAACCAAAGGAACCGACGCGCCCAUGACGCCGUGA